AUGACUCUUUUUAUACAUUUAUAUUGUGUGAUAUGGAUAGCGUUAUUGACGGCCUGCUGCAGUACGACAGGUCGAGAGUUACCUAAUGGACAAAACGUUGUAUCCGUGGCUCCUAUAGAAGUCCCGGAUGAAUCAAUGUAUCCACGAUUUGCGGAGCCAAUCCCUAAUGUCACGGUCACAGUUGGCAGAGAUGCAUUGCUCGCGUGUGUUGUAGAUAACUUGAGAAGCUUUAAGGUGGCUUGGGUGAGGAUGGAUACACAGACUAUUUUAAGUAUUCAUCAUAAUAUAAUAACGCAGAAUCCACGAAUUAGCCUCUCCUAUAAUGACCAUCGCUCUUGGUAUCUUCACAUUAAAAACGUGCAAGAGGUAGAUCGUGGGUGGUACAUGUGCCAGGUUAACACUGACCCCAUGCGAUCUAGAAAGGGCUAUCUCCAAGUCGUAGUACCGCCUUCGAUUAUCGAUAAUAUGACAUCUACGGACAUGGUUAUUCGCGAAGGCAAUGACGUAACCUUAGUAUGUCGUGCUUCUGGAUAUCCUGAACCAUACGUAAUGUGGAGACGUGAAGACGGACAAGAUUUUAAUUACAACGGAGAAUCAGUGAGUGUUGUAGAUGGUGAAACGCUUACAAUAACGAAAGUUUCUCGUCUACAUAUGGGUGCUUACCUAUGUAUAGCAUCUAACGGGGUGCCUCCAUCGAUUAGUAAGCGAAUCAUGCUUAUGGUUCAAUUUCCGCCAAUGCUGUCAAUUCCUAAUCAAUUGGAGGGUGCGUACAUUGGACAAGACGUGACGCUCGAAUGUCACACAGAGGCCUAUCCGUCGUCUAUUAAUUAUUGGACUACCGACCGUGGUGACAUGAUUAUAUCCGGUGGCAAAUAUGAAGCAUUCCCAGUGGAUAGCGGCUAUAAUAAGUUUAUGAUGCUCAAGAUACGGAAUAUUACCAAGGAGGACUUCGGCUUCUAUAAAUGUAUCGCUAAAAAUUCCUUGGGGGAAACUGAUGGCAUCAUCAAAUUAGAUGAAAUCCCAGCACCUCCAUCUGCGUUUACAACGACACAAAAAUCUGUAUUAGACAACCAGACGAUACGAAAAAAAGGUCAGCUGCCAAUUAUCGAAACAAACGACGCGAUAACCUCAAAUUUUCAAGGUGAAGCUUAUGGCGAACAAAUACGAGAUUUCGAUUUCGACGAAGAAAAUUAUGCGCUCACAAUCAAGUUGGAUAGAAUGUUGUAUAGUGUAUUAAUUUCACAUUUAAUUUCAAUAGCCAAACAUUUUUUGCUUUCUUGA